AUGGCCAAGAAACCAAAGAAGCAAGAACAGCCUUCGCCAGAACCAGCCAAGACUAAGUCAAAGUCCAAGUCGAAAUCAUCCUCCCCAGCACCACCUGCUGCAGCCGAGCCCAAGAAGCCCGCUCGUGGACUUGCAAUUGGGGAAAACUUUGGCUGGACAGGUAAGCUUCCAGUGACUUUGCUCAAUGAACACUGUCAGAAACAGAAAUGGGGCAGGUGCAACUAUGACAUGCUCAAAAAGCCCAAGGGAUUUGUUUGUGUGGUGACUUUGCACUGGGAAAACCCCAAGACUAAACAGGAUGUUCCCAUCAAGUAUUGGCCCAGUUAUGAACCUAAAGAAACCACCAACGAGGCGAGACAUAUGUCGGCUACUUUUGUAUUGCAUAGAAUUAACUACAUCAAGAACAUGAAGAUGUUGUUGCCGAUUAUAUUUCGUGAUUAUUGGGGCGAUUUGGAAGUGGAAAGAACCCAAUUGUUGAAAGAGAACAGGACUUUGCAUGAUAUCAAAUAUAACAUUAAUCCGUUUGCUGUUCACUUGCAACAACAGGAAAUAAACGAGAAACGGGAGAAGGAGAGACAGAUUAAACAACAAAACGAGCUCAAGGUAAAGAAACCUACUAUCUCGUUAGGAUCGAUCGACAAGCCCAAGACAGCAGCAACCACCCGCAAAAAGCUCAUUAUGGAAAUUACACAAAUACCAAAGUUUCCAAGAAAGGUAUGGGACAAUGCUCCGUUCAUAGACAUACCAUCAGAGGUCAGAAGUGCCAUGGAAGUAGCCAUCAGACAACAUAUCGACUGGAUAGACGACGACAACAACGAACAAACGUCAAACCUUCUCAAGGCAAAUGACCGUGUUGACCAAUAUCGUAAUCAACUUGUGGAAUUGGGAUUCAGAAAAAGUCAUAUUGAUGAAGCAUUUGAUCACACUAGUAAAUUUGUGGAUGCGUUGGAAUGGUUGAUCUUUCAUGUACCUGAAGAUGAUCUUCCUCCUGCAUUUAUGAAGAGUGAUCGGGAUACACUGGUGGAAUUGAAGAUUUCCAAGGACAUACAAACUGAAUAUGCAUUGAAACGAUUGGGAGAAUCGGGGUUUGAUCAUGAUGAGAUUGUUUCAGCAUUGAAAAAGAAUGACAAUGACGAGUUUUCUACGUGUGUUAAGUUAACCCAUAGUUUGAUUCCACCAUCAUAUGUGCAAUCCCGAGAAGAUAGCUUUGAGGAUGAUUUCCUGCUUUGGCAGGAUGAAAUUGAAGCAAUCGAAAUGUCAGGAACCAAAGUCAAUAUUGAAUCCAACGACAAGAAAACAAUCUCGAUUUUGCUAUCACCAAAAGAUAUCCCGCAAAAGAAUGUCCUCAGUGUUAAAUUAUUCAAGAGUGGAAACUACCCGCAACAAGUUCCUGGGAUUCAUAUCGUAGUGUUGGACUCCAAAUACAAAUUGGCAAAUUAUGUCAAAUUAUCAAUUGUGAGACAGUUGAUUGAAUACUUAUACGAGAAUCAUUUCGUGGGUGAAUGUAUGAUCUUUUCAAUUGUCGAAUGGCUCGAAGAUAACAUUUCUCGAAUUAUCAAGGAUCCUGGCCAGUUAGUUCCUGUUAUAACCAAGAAAGUAAAAACUACAGCAAAUGGAAAACCGGUAAAGAAAUCACACACGAGAGAAAAUAAGCGUAGCUUAUCAUCUAAAGACCUCGACGAUUUAAAACAUGAAUAUAGUGAACGUCAAGCAAGUUCCGAACUCAAACAGUCACUAGCAAAACGUGCCAAACUCCCAGCCUGGAACAAACAGCAAGACUUAGUAUCAACUAUAACGUCUAACAAAGUCACCCUUAUCACUGGUGAAACUGGGUCGGGUAAAUCCACACAAGUAGUCCAGUUUAUUCUUGAUCAUCUAAAUGCACAGGGAGAUUUCACCACUAAGAUCAUGUGUACUCAACCAAGAAGAAUCUCCACUAUUGGUCUUGCCGAGAGAAUAUCAGAAGAAAGAGUGGGUAAAGUCGGCCAUGAGACUGGGUAUGUUAUCAGAGGUGAAAACAGGACCAAUCCGAAGACAAGGAUUUCGUUUGUCACCACGGGGGUUUUAUUACGUAUGCUCCAGUCAUUCUUGAGCGGGAAGGCAGGAAACAACAAUGUGUUUGACGAGCUUGGUUAUAUAUUUAUUGAUGAAGUUCAUGAAAGGUCCGUUGAUGGCGACUUUUUGUUGAUUAUCUUGAAAAAGAUCAGUAAUAGAUUUAAGAAUUUGAAAAUUGUGUUGAUGUCAGCUACAAUCAACAUUGAAAAGUUUGUCAAUUUCUUCAGCACUCCAUUACAACAUAUCCAUAUCGAAGGGAGAACUUUCCCCAUCAAGGAUUAUUACUUGGAUGGUAUUCUCGAUGAGAUUGAUUAUUCAAUUCAGAACAAUGAUGGCGAGAUAAUUAGACCCCUGGCCGAUUCACACUUCUUUAAGACCGGGACGUUGAAUUAUGAUUUGAUUGCCAAGCUUACGGCACAUAUUGACAAGAAGCUUUCUUCCGAGAACAAUAAUGGUUCGAUUCUUAUUUUCAUGCCCGGUAUUAUGGAAAUCAACCAAACCAUACGGGCAAUCAACAAUGUGUUUGAAUCCAAAGUGUUAACCCUUCCCUUGCACUCGGCAUUAACUUCCAAUGAACAGCGUCGAGUAUUCAAGACCCCACCCAAGGGAACCAGAAAAGUGGUUGUCUCUACAAAUGUUGCCGAAACGUCUAUCACCAUCCCUGAUUGUGUAGUCGUGAUCGAUACCGGCCGGUCGAAAACCAUGUUUUUUGAUGCAAAACUAAACACCACGAAGCUUAUCGAGAACUGGUGUUCUCAAGCAGAAAUCUCCCAGAGACGAGGAAGAUCCGGUCGUAUUACCAACGGUAACUGCUAUCAUUUGUACACGCAGACCACGGUUGAUGCCAUGAUUCCACAACCAAUCCCUGAAAUCAAGCGGACAAGAUUGGAGAAUUUGUAUUUGGUCGUUAAAGCCAUGGGGAUAUCCAAAGUGGAAGAGUUUUUGCAGAGCGGAUUAGAUGCACCUGACCAGACCAGUUUGGCCACCAGUAGGAAAUUCUUGCAUGACUUGGGUGCGCUUGUUGAUGAUAAGUUGUCUCAUUUGGGUGAAUAUUUGUCGUAUUUACCUACUGACCCUGCCAGUGGGAAGUUGUUGAUUUUGGGGUGUAUAUUUGGGUGUGUUGAUGUAUGUUUGACAUUAGCAGCUAUAAGUUCUACAGGUUCACCAUUUAUAAACAGUUUUGAUAAUAGAGACAGAAUCAAGCAGGUGCAACGAAGAUUUUCUGGUGAUCAAGGUGAUUUGAUAGCAAUGGUGAAUGCAUAUUCUGCAUUCCAAGAACAAAGAGAGCAAGGAAAGAAUACCAAGAAGUUCAUUACUGACAAUUUUCUUUCGUACACCACGCUUAAUGAUAUCACUUCGACCCGAUCACAAUAUGUAUCGUUACUCAAGGAUCUUGGAUUCAUUCCCAUCCAUUAUAAACCGAGGGAAAGCAAGUUAAACCGGAAUGAGAAUAACUCGUUUAUUAUUAGGGCAAUAAUAACUGGUGCGUUCUACCCCCAAGUUGCCCGAGUACAAUAUCCUGAUCCUAAGUAUUUCAAAUCUGCCCAAGGGUCAAUUGCCAUGGACCCUGAUGCUCGCCUGAUUAAGUUCUGGGUCAGAAAUGAAGAGUACAUGAAACAAAUGGAGUCAGACAAGGAAGUCAAUGAACUACCAGCAUCCAGAGUGUUUAUCCAUCCUUCAUCGGUGAUCUUUAAUGACAACAACUCCAAUUUCACCGUAGAUGAAGAGUUCCUUGCUAAAGUUUCCAACGAGGAUGGGACCAUUGAUUAUCAACAGGCUCGUGAGUUAAUGAACUUGACGCCACAAGUCAGCACCACCAGCUCGCAAACGUUACGUUCGUCAUUUGUAGCAUUCAGAUCGUCCCAUCAUACAACCAAAUUGUACGUGCGUGACAUUACACCUACAACUACACUCAUUUCCUUGUUGUUUGGUGGCGACAUUCAGUAUAAUUUAUCAGAUACAACCACGACAACUCCUGGUAUUGUGGUGGAUAGUUGGUUGCCUAUCAGGACCUGGUGCAAGAACGCAGUGUUGAUCAAGAGAUUGAGAAGGUUAUUGGACGGUUCAAUCGAAGAGAAAUUGAGAAACCCGCAAUAUGAGAUGGAAUCAAUGGGUGCAAAUAACGACGACGUCUUAAAAUUGAUUGAAAAGUUUGUAUGUGUCACGUGA